UGGCCACUUUAUUAGGUACAACUUUAUGAUCUAAUGUAAUUCAAUUCAAAAGCUCUAGCAUAAAUUCUACUUUUAUUAAGUUUAAAAUCAGCCAGAAUUAUGUAAAUUCAAUACUAAUGCUGUUUUUGGAGUUGUUUAAUGACAUUGGAGCUUGACAUCAAAACAAUUUUGUGUUUAGACAUCAACCUGAUUUUCAUUUUUAAUCAAAGUUUGACGUCUAUGGGUGAUGUUGAAGUCCACAUCCAGCGCCCGAUGGGAAACUUCCCUCUAAAAACUUUAUAAGAACGUUAGGGGAUAAUGUUCUAACAAUGUUAUCACUAAACAUUUUUUCAAUGAUUGAAAAAAUGUUCAUGAUGAAUAUUUUGAUGAAUAUUUUAAAUAAUGUUAUCCUACCUUUUUAGGAGAAUAUUCUGGGAACAAAAAUAAAACUUGCCACUGAAAACAUUACCAGAACAUAGCAUAAUGUUCUUAAAACAUUCUUAUAACAAUAACAUUUCUAGCUGGGUUAGUGAACAGCUUUGGAGAAUUUUAUGUUUCCCCAUUCAAAGAGAGCUGCUCUUGCACAACUGAAGUAGCUGCCUAAGAGGCAUUUCAAAGAUGGCUGCCAAGGACUUGCCCUAAAGGGAUAUUUUGGUUAAUGGAGGGUAUACAUUCUUUCGAGUUCCUUUCUGUAUUCCAUCAAGUCUGCAUAAUGUACCCUUAUGUAUAGUUUUUCUAACAAUUCUUUAAAACUUUUUUCUAUGCUUCAUUUGUGUUAGCCACCUUUUUUGUUAUUUAAUAUGUUUGUAUUUAAUUUGAUGUUAUCUAUUAUUUGCUAUCUAUUAUUUGCUAUAUAUAUAUAUAUAUAUGAUUGAACUGAUUGUGUAAUUGGCAUGAUACUUUGAUCUUUUUAAAACUCUGGAAAAAAACAUAAAAACUCUUAUCUUUUUAGUCAUGUGCUUGUGAAUGUGAUCAAAAUGACUGAACUCACUCUGAUGUGUUUUAGGGUCAUAAAGUCUAAAGUCUGAUCGUUAAUGAUUUCAGAGAAAGUGAAAUGAAUCAUGUCGAUUCACUGUGUAGGUGUUGGUCAUAUAUACUGAAUUGCAGCUACUGUAAAACUUUAGGAUCAAAGAUGAAAAAUUGCAAUAUAGCCUUAAUUUUUUUUUUUUUUUUUUUUGUAAAACGUGUCUUGUUUAAUUUUAUAUUUUUCUGAGCAAAAAAGAAUGAAUAUACUUUUUUUUUACCAUGACACCCACUAAAAGAGACCUGAGUUUAAUUCCCGUCUCAAGGUCCUUUGCUGAUCCUGCCCCCCUCUCUCUGCCCAAUGCUUUCCUGUCUGCUUUCUGUCCUCUCCAAAUCUCAGUCUCAAUAGAGCCCAUACUUUUUUUUUACCUUUCUGUUAACUUUUGUCAACGACGAGACCCUGAAGCCUAUUUUCUGGACCGGGGCCAACUACAAUUAUCCUGGAUGGAGACUAUCGUUAGGUGUUUGGAGAGCGUCGCGUCACAGAGCUCAGCCAGUCCUCCAGCUCCAUCGCAUCUGGAUAUUUGCAGCCCUGCGCCGUUUCUGGGGACACCCUGAGCCAUCUCUGAGGACAUCCUGUCUGGACGUCGAGCAACCACCAGCAGCGCCUGUCAAGGAGGAUCCCUUUGUUCCAUCUCGGCUCUGCCCUGGUUCCUCCCACCUUUGGCUCCUCCAGAGACUCUCGUCCGAGUGACUCUACCAGGUUCCCUCAUCCCGCCGGCUCCCCCUUGGUCUAUCGUCGCGCUGCCUACACCACGGACAUCCAGGCCGUCCACUGUGCUUUGUUCCUCCCCUAUGGCUACAGUGGGCUCCUUCCUCCCUCUGGGAUCACCUCUGUCCUCGGUCUCAUCAGUGUCAUCCCUGUCCUUAGGUACUCUGGCUCCGCCUAUGACGCUCAUCACGUGACAUCACCUGGGUCUCCUGCACCAGUGAUGUCGCUCAUUUUUGGGUCAACUAUCACUUUAAGGAAGUUGGUUUAAGUAAACCUAUACAUUUCUUGCAAUUCUUUUUUAAACCUUGAUGCCUUCCUUGAACUUUAACUGGCAAGUAAAUUAUGUAAGCUGAUGUUUCUUUUUCAAGAAAUGUCUACUUCUGUUAAACAUUCAUUUUCUCAUGAGAUCCUCCUCUUUUGAUAAGCUAUAAAAUGAGCACUGAAACAGAUGUUAUUUCAUUCUCCUCCUGAUCAAAGAUGGAUCUGCAAAUCUCAGUUUUUCUUCUCUUCAUUCUUUUCACUGCAGGACACUCUCUCAGCUGUUAUGAGUGCAAUGGUCUGACGGGUUCUUGUGUAGAUCAAAUGGAACUAACAUGUCCUAGUGGAUCUACUCACUGUGAGAGUUUAACAGCAGUGACACAAAUUGGUCACAUUACUUCUGAAGAGAAGCGUAAAGGAUGUGUUUCUGCCUGUCAAAAUGGGUCCAUAAACUUAGGCCUUGCCAGGAUGACUACUACCUGCUGUAACACAGACCUGUGUAACCUCCAAGACGCUCCAGAUCCCUCUAAUGUCCCAAAUGGAAAGAAAUGUUACUAUUGUGAUGGACUGACAUGCUCAAACACAUUGAGCUGUUCAGGAGAUGACGACCGCUGCAUCACUGCAAGAGGUAAGAAUCUGGAAAAGGAGGAUGAUUAA